AGACGUGCGCCCUUGACUCGGCGGCUCGGCUCGGCUGCAUCGCGCCGAGGGUGGAGUUAACGGGUGUCGCUGUGAGGCCAUGAGAGGGAGACUCGAGUCUUAAUUCAGAUAAAUCAGCGCGACCUCUCCCUGGACGCGCAGACGGGGCACACGGACAGGAACGGGCUGUGGCGCGCGAGACGGGCUCCCGCGCUGCGGUCAUGUUAUCCAGCGAGCAGCUGCACGCGCCGGGUCUCGCGGAGCCGUGCCAGCAGACCGCGGUGUCCAGGGCAGACGUGCAGGUGAUGGGCGACUCGUGUGCACACAAGCUGGGCUCCGUGAAGCACCUCCGCUUGCUGCUGCUCAUCCUCCUGCCCUGUGUGUGCGGAUUCGUCUGCUUCCUCACGCUGCUGCUGGCUUUCACAGGAAUAAUUGGGAAAGGUUUGCUGGACUCUGGAGACUCCUCUCCUCUCUCCAGCAUGUACGACUCCACAGCAACCCUGGUCCCCCUCAUGACUUUAAGUACCAGCCGGACUACCAUCAACCAAACCAUGGCGAUAACACCAGGCACCGUGGCAACCUUUCAGUCAGACUCAUCCACUGCUGACUUGACGACCCAUGAAACUUCAUCGCAGUCAUCGUCCUCUGUGAUCCCUACACCGGUAUCAACCACUGAUUGGCUUAUGGCUUUCUCCACCAUGAGCUCCAUGGGAACCCUGUCGAGUGUGUUGGUCAGCCCCACCAGUGCAAGCCAUGAACUGGGUACAUGCUCAGAUAUUUCGGAGGGCCAGUGUCGCAUAUUGCCAUACAACCAGAGCGGGGUGUUGCCGGGGGCGACGGUGGUGAAGAGCGGAGAGUUGGAGAUGUUCCUGAAGUUCUUCAGUUACCUGAACAGACUGAGCUGUUACAGACACAUCAUGCUGUUUGGCUGUGCCAUCGCCCUGCCUCAGUGCAUACAGCAGAGCAACAGCAGGCGGCUGGUGCUGCCGUGUCAGGCGUUCUGUGAGGCAGCCCGUGAGGGUUGUGAGCCCGUCCUCCAGAUGUUUAACGCCUCCUGGCCUGAGUUCCUCCGCUGCUCCCAGUUCACCAACAUCACUGCAGCCAUGACUGGACCCCAGCCUGCCUGCUACACACCACGACAUGUCAAAGGCAAACCCUCUGUGUGUGGCGGGAGUGACAACUUCCUGUGUGCAACAGGAAUUUGUGUCCCUCAGAAACUGGUGUGCAAUGGGUUUAAUGACUGCGAUGACUGGAGUGAUGAGGCAGACUGCAUCUGUGGGGAGGGGGAGUUUGGCUGUGGCACCGGCCGCUGUGUGAAUGUCUCUCUUCUGUGUGACGGCUAUGAUGACUGUGGGGACCUCAGCGAUGAAUACAACUGCAGGUGUGAUCCGGUGAGGGAGCACCAGUGUGGGGACGGUCGCUGUAUUCCACCAGAGUGGCUGUGUGAUGGAGACCACGACUGUCUGGACAACAGUGAUGAACUUAACUGCUCAUGUAAGGCACAAGGCUUGCUGGAGUGUGAGAAUGGUCAGUGUAUCCCCAGUGCCUUUUACUGUGAUGGAGACAAUGAUUGUAAGGAUGGAAGUGAUGAGGAAAACUGCACAAAACAACUGGCUCAGGGCUCCUGUCCUCUGGGACAACCCAGCUGUGUCUCCACUUCCUGCUCUCCAGAAUGCAGUGGCAAUGUCUCGUGUGAGCUGUGGAAUGCCAGCACACACUGUACCGGCUGUGAGCCGAUUUCGUUAGAGCUGUGUAUGAACCUGCCGUAUAACAGCACACGUUUCCCGAACUUCCUGGGCCACCAGUCUCAGAAGGAGACGUCUGUGAGCUGGGAGUCAUCCCUCUUCCCUGCGCUCGUGCAGACCAGCUGCUACAAAUAUCUCAUGUUCUUCGCAUGCACACUGCUCGUGCCCAAGUGUGACCCUGUCACCUACCAGAGAGUGCCUCCGUGCAGGUCUCUCUGUAGGAGCUCUAGGGACCGCUGUGAGUUGGUGUUGAGCAUUGUGGGUCUGCAGUGGCCAGAGGACACAGACUGUGCACAGUUUCCUGAUGAAGGACAAGAAAACACUUCUUGUCUGCUCCCUGACCCGGAUGUAGAUGAGUGUUCACCCAGUCAUUUUAAGUGCCAGUCAGGAAGGUGUGUGCUCGCUUCAAAACGCUGUGAUGGACACUUGGACUGUGAUGAUGACAGUGAUGAAGAUAACUGCGGCUGUAGGGAGAGGGGUCUGUGGGAAUGUCCUGACGACAAAGCCUGUCUCCAGCACUCCAUGAUCUGUGACGGCUUCCCUGAUUGCAGCCAGCAAGAGGACGAGAGGAACUGCUCGGUGUGCAGUGAUAAUGAGCUGGAGUGUAUUAAUCACGAGUGUGUUCACCGGACUCUGUGGUGUGAUGGGAGGAAGCACUGCUCAGACAGUUCAGACGAGUGGAACUGUGUUUCUCUCUCUGCUUCGUCUGUGUUGUUGGUCAGUAGGACGGCGGCGGAGUAUCAGGUGUGUGCAGAUGAGUGGAACCCCCAUCUCAGCACCAUCGCCUGCACACAGCUGGGUUUAGGUUCCCCUCUCUCUACAGACGAGGUGGAGGAUGUGUCAGGCUCUGGGCGGAGGCGCUGGCUCCACGUCCACCCUGACUGGAGACAGCGCAACAGUGCCGCCCUUCAGGGCCUGCUGGAGAAGCGGGGUCAUGCUUGUUACUCCCGUAAGAGGAUUGCUCUCCAGUGCACCGAAGAUGAGUGUGGGCGCAGGCCUGCGGCACGGAUGGUGAAAAGAAUUCUGGGAGGACGUACGAGUCGCCCGGGCCGAUGGCCGUGGCAGUGCUCCCUGCAGAGUGAACCCAGUGGACACAUAUGUGGCUGUGUCCUCAUACACAGGAGAUGGGCCCUCACUGUAGCACACUGCUUUGAGGGGCGUGAGAGUGCGGGUGUGUGGAAGGUGGUGUUGGGGAUCAAUAACCUGGACCACCCGUCAGACCACAUGCAGACGCGGCGGGUGAAGCGUGUGAUCGUGCACUCGCGCUACAACCGUGCUGUCGUCGACUAUGACAUCAGCAUCAUGGAGCUGGACAGUGAGGUGGAGGUGACCAGCUAUGUGCGGCCGGUGUGUCUGCCUGAGCCUGGACACCUGCCCCCCUACGACACCUACUGCUACAUCACAGGCUGGGGGCAUAUGGGCAACAGGAUGCCGUUUAAGCUGCAGGAGGGAGAGGUGAGGAUUAUCUCUCUCUCGCAAUGUCAGUCUUACUUUGACAUGAAGACCAUCACCUCCCGCAUGCUGUGUGCUGGAUACGAAGCUGGAACCAUCGACUCCUGCAUGGGUGACAGCGGUGGACCCCUGGUGUGUGCAGAGCCCUCUGGUCGCUGGUCUCUGUACGGGCUGACAUCCUGGGGCUCCGUCUGCUUCUCUAAGGUUCUGGGCCCUGGGGUGUACGCCAAUGUCACACACUUCACCGAGUGGAUACAGAGACAGAUCUACCUGCACACCUUUCACCUGGUCUAGGACACACACAGACACACACACACGCGUGCUAUGGAAAUGAGGAGUGAUGUAUGUCUUGUGUACAGGAGAAGAGUGAGGGAGCAUGUAAGAGGAAAAGGAUAAACGUGUUAUUUAAUCAUUCCAAAAGAUGAUGUGUGUAUCUGUGUGUCUGGGAUAGUGGGAUUAUAUUAUGAUGCUUUUGGCGUUAGAAGUGUGUAGUACGUUUGUGUGUGGGGGGUGAGGGGUGUGCUCACUCUUAGCUGCUACCUUUGUUAAUUUUUACCAAACUGAAUUUGAGGAUCUGACCAAACUCAGACAACAGCAGCUUAAGUUUCAGCAGCCUUGUCUGUCUGCCUCUGGCAUGUCCUGUCUGCCUCUGACUGUCUCUCUCUGACUCAUAUAAA